AUGCCGGCCAUUCUGGAGGACCCAGCCGCCUCGACCAUCUAUCGUAUCUCGGGCGACCCUCCGUAUCCGGAUCCCGCGAAGCCUUCGGUCCCGGCCUCUAUUGUCCCUCGCCAUGUGACGCUUAGAGACCGGCAGACCGAGGCCACCGUCAUUCCGUUUGCAUCCCGGGAUGAGGUACCCGAGUCAUUGCUGCGCUAUCUCAGCGACCAGUUCAGCAAAGAGAUCGAGGGCGGUGAUACCUACCCCAUGAUGGAGCCCAUGUCGUUUGACAAGUUUGCUGCCUACUGGUUCCAGAACUUUGCCGGUAUCAUGCUGCUGGGCAACAUUGAAAGCGCUGCCGAUGUGAUCGAGGGUAAAGACUGGUCGAAGGAGUGCCUUGGCACUUUCUACAUCAAGCCCAACUACCCCGGCCGCAGCAGCCACAUCUGCAACGCGGGCUUCAUCGUCACUGAUGCCUCCCGCAACCGCGGUGUUGGUCGGCUGAUGGGCGAGACGUACCUCGAGUGGGCUCCCCAACUGGGCUACAAGUACUCCGUCUUCAACCUCGUCUACGAGACCAACGUGGCCUCGUGCAAGAUUUGGGACGCCCUCGGCUUCAAGCGGAUCGGCCGGGUCAAGGGCGCCGGCAACCUCAAGAGCCACCCGGACCGGCUGGUGGACGCCAUCAUCUACGGGCGCGACCUGGGCGACGCGGCGGGCGGCGCGGGCAACGAGGAACUUAAAAGCAGACUCCGUAGCGCGGCGACACACUACAAGCUCCUGGAGGGCGACGUCUUGAUGCUCAAGGAUAAAGAGGUCAUCUCGGACCCGCAGCGGCAGUACGAGAUUGCGAGGAUGGUGCACAACCAGGCCCACGCCGGCAUCAACAAGACGACGGCGACCAUUGCGGAGCGGUACCACUGGAGCCGGAUCAAGGAGACGGUGUCGGAUGUAAUUAGGAACUGUACAGAAUGCAAAGAGCUGGGGAAGCCAUCAUCAUCAUCAUCAGCUGCCGCUGCUUCACAGUCUUCGCAAACAACAGCUGCCCAACCCUCACCUGCUCUUGCCGCCGUCAACGGCGUAAAACGACCCAGUUCUGUAACACUACCUGGAGCCCCCAAUCCUAAACGGUCCUCUCCCAGUCCCACUGCUACAGCUGUCGUCGUGGCCGCCCCGUCUUCUUCCUCAACAACAACACUACAGCAGCAGCCAAGGCCACCAAUACCCGACCCGCCCCACUUGGGGCCGUUUACCGUGCCAAGGCAACAACAACAACCUCACCCACCACCGCAGUAUACCGAUCCGACGACGAUAUCGCUUUUAUCAUCAGCCAGUCACAGUCACGGAAUCGACACGGGUUCGGGUCCUGGUGUUGAUGCGGCCAUGGGGGGGCCUGGGCAUCAUGAUGCCCACCACCACCACCACCAUCCACAUCACCAUGUGCAAGUGACGGAUGUGUACCAGCCUAUUGAUCCGCAGAUUAUACAAUCUUCUUUGCACCAUCAUCACCAUCAUCAUCAUCAUCAUCAGCAGCAGCAGCAUCACGAUGACGGUUUGGUGCACCCGGGGUAUUUGUUAGGGGAUGUGCACCACCCGCAUCAUCAUCAUCAGGAGCCUGAUGAGACGGAUGCGUUUCAGGCGUUGAUUAACGCUGGGGCGGAAGAGGAGGAGGUGGAGGAGGAAGAGGUUGUGGGCAGGAGGAUGAGGGAGGAGGUGGAGGAGGCGGUGGAUAGGGAUUUGGAGAUGUUGAUUGAGGAGCCGGUUGAGGAGGAGGAUGAAGGAAAGGUGAGAGGGGGGAAGGAGGAGGGGAGUUUGAGUCCUAAGGGGGAGGUGCCAGCUACGCCUGUGCCGACCGAGGUCGGGGAUGAGGGGGGGAGGGUUGGGUAG